AUGACCCGUCGUGUGCUUCUCCUCCUCUCGGCUACCGUACUCCUGGCCGCCGCCGGCUACGCGCCCGAACCCUACUACAAUCAGUACGGCGGCUACCACAAAGGUGUCGAGAAGAAGCACGGAGGAUACGAAGCGGAUCAGAACGGAUACGGUAGCCGCAACGGAAUGUCGGACUACGGUACCGAGUACGGCGCCCAAGGGCAUCACGACGGAAAGUACGGAGAGGCCGGAAAGAAGAGCGGACAGGAGUAUUAUGCGAAGGGCGACGAACACGGUCAUGGAGACGAGGCACAGGAGAAGGGACUCAAGAAGAAAGGAGGUACGGUUGAUUUGAACGCAUUUUCUAGGGAAUUUCAAAGAACAUCUUUCUAGUUAUUCUAUUUCAGACGCCUACGGUGGCCGCAAGUUCUCGUACUUCACCUCGGGCUCGGGACCGUACGGAUCCUACCAGAAGGGAUAUUACGGAUCCGACGGAUAUGAGCACGACGACCACAAGAGCAAAUACUCGUCGCACAACGAGGAAGGCGGAUACAAGAAGGGAUACGACGGAGCCGGCGCCGGACACGAUGACAAGUACACCAGUUAUGAUAAGGUACUUUAACAGAACACUUUGAAACAAGGAAAAAAGGAAUUGUUCAGGAAGACGCGGGACACAAGAAGCAUCACGACAAGUACGACAUUGGAAAGUACGGAGCGAAGCAGGGAGGAUACGCGAAACAAGGACACGACGAAGGAUGGGUCAACCAGGCACAGAAGAGCUCGUACGGAUCGAAAGAAGCCGGAUCCGAGUACGGACAUCCUUACUAUUGA